CCGCGAGCACAAAAUCGCCCAGACACCGCGGGACAAAUCCAUUUAUUUAUUUUUGUUUUUUUUUCUCCAUUCUUAAUCAUCGCUAGCUCUCGCUAUUGAAAAAAAGAAUAUAAAUAAAAAGCUGGCUCCAUCCGCGAGUUCACGCUGAAACGGCAGAAAAUCUGCUUGGACACGUGUAUAAUCUUUUUUUUUCUUUCAUCGACGUAGAGACGACACUGCAUAUUAAAUGUUUAUAAAAAGUAUUGCGAAGCGCAUAAGUAUACGAAACAAAAAAAGAAAUAAAUAAAUAAAUAAAAUAAAAAUUAUGUAAAAUAAAACUGUGUCCGCGCGUCGUGGCCGAUGUCACGUUCCAAAUUAUUAUAUUAUCUCUUAUCCGCGACUUACCUGCAUACUCGGUAUUAAAUUUAAUUACAAUUGGCCAUUGUGACUAUACAUUUCAGUAUGAGUAACAUUCGAAAUUACAAUAAUAAAGAAAAGAUAGCGUGGAGAAUGUGAGGCGCGAAAUAUGUCGAUCAACCCUUCUCCCGUGCAUAGCGGUAUCGUCACUCGAAGAAAAUUGAUGCAUUCGAGAGAGGAAAAAAUAAUGUGUAUCGUGUACAAUGUUUUAAUGUAUUUAUUAUGUGCUAUAUUAUGCUGCUGCUGCUCGCUUACAUCGAUGCUAAUUGUUGGCAAAAGAUUACUUCUGUAUAGAAAUGAAUUUCCUCGUAUUUAUAAAACUUUUCUUCGUUAUCUCCAAUUCGGUGCUUUUGGGAUCUAGAUAAAUAUAUAUAAAACAUAUUACCGAUUUCAUUCGAUGUAGAUUGUUUUCCUCCCGUUUAGUUAUUUUUUUAUAAAUAAAGUAUCAUUCAAAGCUGUACGAUGUACAAAUUAAUUGUCGUUCGAAUUUGAAAUAAAUGAAUUCAUUUGAAAAGAAUAUAUGGAUAUCUCUACGCUAUAUUUCCAAGAAGCAUUGGGUCAUUGUAACGACAUUGGGUAUUAGCGCACAAGGAAAAUCGGCUUCGCAAUAAACUCUAGGGCAAACAUGCUGUUAUUUUUUCUUGAACUCAAAACAAACUUUCGACGAUAAAUAUAAAAGCAGUUUUUCCUUUGCACUGGAGUUCAAUCGCGAUCCAACUAUUAGCUCCUCAAAAUGAACAAGUGCUAUGUUCUCUGCCUGACGCUCCUCGUCGCGCUCUGCCUCGUUUCAUCGGCAUCGGCCAAGUGCGCGGCCAAUUACACCCUCGCCGAAUGCGGCCCUCUCUGUCCACCCGUGUGCGGCAUGGUCUCUUGCCUGGCCCUCAAGUGCGAGAAGGACAAGAGAUGCUACUGCACCGGCGGCUACUCCUUCUCGCGCAAGUACAAUCGAUGCGUCAAGAAUCAAGAUUGCGAGCGAUAAUAUAAAUUCAUUAUAACAAAUGCACUCGAAUGUAUGCGAUUAUGUUCCUCAAAUACGCUGAGAUCAUCAACGAGGGAUUGCAGUUAUUGUUAUGCGGUGGCCAAGUAUUGGCCGAAAAUUUUCCACUGUGUACGCAAUAAAAAGAAAUCGAGAGUAUAAACAAAGCAAUGUACAACAAAAGCAAAAACCUAUCCCUAGCUUUAUUAA